AUGGCUAAAGAAAGCGAUAUGUCGUUGUUUAGUGAUGUAUUGGAACCGUUUAGAAGAGUGAUAAAUACUGAUCCGCCAAAAGACAAGUUAUCGGCGUCUUCAAAAUUAAAUUUUUCUGAGAGCAAUCAAUCACUGAAAGAAGAUUUUUCUAACCUAUUAUCCAACAAGAGAAAGUCGACUCUUAGCUCGUCUGAAUUAUUAACACCAGAAAAACGUUCUCGUAUAGAGCCGUCUGCAAAUACGACAACGGCACCUCCAUCACCAUGGGAAGCAAAGAGGUUGAAAAUAGAUUUAAUUGCAGCUAAAGCUCAGAUCACAAAGUUAGAGGCCAGAGUGAACCAUCAGCAUACAAUUCGUAAGGAAAUGCAAAUUUUAUUUGAAGAGGAAAAGGCUUCCCUUAUAGAUCAACAUAAGAGGGAUGAAAGAGCUCUCUCGGACAUGGAGGAACGGCUUCAAGUUAUUAGGAAAAGGGAACAGGAAUUAAAAGAUGAACAUAGUGAGGCUUUAAAAGAAUUUCAGGAGAGUAAAUCCAAAUGGGAGAAAGAUAAAGCAGAUUUCCAGAAACAAAUAGCUGAUCUCAAAGAUAAACUGCUCGAAGCUAAUGUAAGCAGUAAGGACCAGAUCUCCGAGAUGAAAAAAGAUAUGGAUGAGCUUUUGCAGGCUUUAGAAGGCGCACAAUCUGAAGUAGAGAUGUUAAAGAAAGAAGUGGCUAAGCAGACAAACCGUGCAGAACAGUGCACAUCAUUAAGAACACAAUUGGAAAAACAAACCUUUGAGCUUCAAGAAGUUACAAAUAAACUUAAGGAGUUAGAGUAUGAAAGAGAUUCUUACAAAGAUUGGCAGCAACAAGCAAAGACUGCACAAAAACGUCUUAGCAACAUGGCGGAAUUAGAAAAGGAGGUGAUAAGACUGAGAGCUUCAGAAAGGUGCUUGCGUGACGCUGUUUGUAAUAAGUUACUUCUAGAAGAACAGGUGCAUUUAUUAACUACUAGAGUUGAGGCUUUGCAGCCAGUUCAACAGGAGUUGCAUGAAGCCAAGGUUAAAAUGGCGUCACUAGAGUCAUCUUUAGAGGAGUGGAAGAAUGCAGCCAGAGCACACGGAGUGGAUUCUGCUAGAGCUUUGUCCUCCGUCUUGGAGUCAGCUCUAAGUAAUCAACUUACUGCAGUGGCUAGUCAUUCAGAGGCUCAGUCGCAAAUGGCACAACUCACUGAGGAAAUAGCAACAGUGAAGUAUGAACGCGAUAAGGUUACGGCAAAGCUGAACGACCUUCAGGCAGUACGUAAGAACCAGGAGAGCCUCAUACACAGAUUGCAGAAGCGAUUGUUGCUUGUUACCAGGGAGAGAGACAGUUACAGACAACAACUGGACUGUUAUGAGAAAGAAUUGACUGUAACACUGUGUGGAGAAAGUGGUGCGGGCAGUGCUGCUCUAUUGUCGGCCAGGGUGGAGCAGCUCGAGAAGGCUUUACAAGGUUAUCGUGAUCUUCUGGCAGCACACGAUCAGGAGGCUCAUGCUAAAACGGUGGAGGGGUUGCGUGCGGAGGCGAGCAGAUGGCGGGAGGAGGCGGAGACGGCGCGGCGCGAGACGAGCAAGCUGCGCGCGCAGCGGGACCAGCUGCAGGCGCACCUCGAGCGCCUCGCCGCGCCGCACCGCGCCGCCAAGGUGCUCCAUCUCACUGAUAAUCCAGCAGCUGCAGCGCAUAAAGAAAUGCAAGUAGAUUUAGAGGCUGCACAGGAAGAGAUAAAAAGGCUAAAAGCCGCUCUUCGGGAUGGUGGUAUGGCUGUCUGUCCAGAAGAAAUGCAACAAAUGAAACAGCAGUUGGAGAAUAGUAGAAUAAAAUUAAAGAGAAUGAAGGAGGAGUUCACGUCGUCCGCUCAGGAGUAUAGAGACGUCGUUUAUAUGCUUUUAGGUUAUAAAAUUGAUAGGACUGGACACAAGAAUUACAGAAUUUCGAAUAUGUACGCCGAGUCAGCGGAAGAAUAUCUCACAUUUACUCUUUGCGACGACGGCAUAGAAAUGGUGCAUACAGAGUAUUCGGCUUCCUUAAGUGAAUUGGUAGAGCUGUACCUCCACCAUCACCGAUCUAUUCCAGUAUUCCUCAGCGCUUUAACCAUGGACCUGUUCACACGGACAACUAUGCAGCAGGAAGUGCAGUAG